UUAGAAUAUUCUCCGUUUGUCCAUUGGCCACCCUGAUUUCUGCACUAGAUUUAAUUAGGUUGUUUGUGAGUAGUUACAUAUAGCUCCUACCGUGACCGAGAGCACAACUAACUCGGGAGUAGCUGGUCGCGUGGUAAUAGGUCGAUGAAAAUAAUCGGGGCCUUAGUAUAUACCUGAGUGAAAUUUUGAAAAGAUGUGGCUGGAAGAAUGCGACAGUUUCGCCGAGUUAUGUCGGGGAUAUCUGCCGUAUUAUUUACUGAUCAUUUUACCGAUCUUUAUUAUUAUAUCCCCGGUCAACCCAGUUGCGGCAUCGCAUGAAUUUCCAGUAUAUCGGAUGCACCAGUAUGACUUGCACGGUGAACCUCAUGGUUGCCGCAGUGCUCCAAUUUCCUUGGAGGCCAGGUCCCUCACUGGAUGGAGCACUUCCAGGCACUGUGUAGUUGCUAAAGCUCUGGACCUUACACCAACUCUAUUCCAUUCAAUUAAGAACAAAGCUGGAGCCUUAAUUGUAGUUCUACCAGAGAAAAUUAAUGACUUGACAUUAGAAGAGAAGCAGCAUGUUAUGAGCCUCGAAGAGUCCAUGAUCUUCGGACCAGAAACAGUAAUACCAGUUUACUUCGCUACGUGGCAUCCAGAUUUACAAACAAUUCUGGAUGACCUUUCUAAUGGAUUUAUUACGGAUGAAAAAGCUGGUUCUGCUGCAGAAGCAAUGUUUAACUCUAUAUCUGCCAGCGGUUAUCAAGUUGUUGUGCCAUCUGGACAAGCACUUCUUAAAACAGACGUUAAAGUGGCUACAUUGCAUGGUAAAUUAGCUGGUACCAGAGCAGAGGAAAAGUUACCGACAAUAGCUUUGGUAACCCAUUAUGAUAGCACAGGAGUUGCCCCUGAGUUGUCAUUUGGAGCAGACAGUAAUGCGUCAGGGAUGGCUAUGUUAUUAGAAAUUGCAAGAUUGUUUUCUACUUUGUAUUCUACUAAUAGGUCAAGGCCACAGUACAACCUUGUCUUCAUUGUAACUGGUGCUGGUAAACUUAAUUAUCAAGGUAGUAAAAAAUGGUUGGAGGAUCAACUGGAUGGCCUUGAAGGCUCUGUAAUACAAGAUGCAGCAUUUGUUAUUUGCUUGGAUACAGUAUCUACCAAUGAUCACCUUUAUGUACAUGUGUCAAAACCACCAAAGGAAAACUCCACUGGCUUUUACUUUUUCAAAGAGCUUAAAGCUGUUUCCGAAUUAUCUAAUACAACUACAGUCGAAGGAGUUCACAAGAAAAUAAACCUAGCUGACAAAACACUGGCUUGGGAACACGAAAGAUACAGCAUGAGGAGAUUACCUGCUGCAACCUUGUCCACACUCAAGAGCCAUGAAGAUCCAAUUAGAACCACAAUCUUAGACUUAAUGAAAGGAGGGCAAAUAGAUAGGCUACAUAAGCAUACUCAAGUAGUUGCUGAAGCAUUAGCAAGGCAUAUAUAUAACUUAAGCUCUAGUCAGAUUUUUACAGAUCCAUUGGAAGUGUCAAAGGAAUCCUUAUCCUUAUGGUUUGGUUACUUAGCAUCGCAACCAAGGGCUGCUCCCUUAUUAGCAGACAAACAUAAUAUGUUAAUCAGUACAUUAAAGGAAGCAAUGGCCAGAUACCUUGGAGAUGUCAAAGUUACCCUACAUACCCCUGAUAAACAGGAUCCAGAAUUUGUUUUUUAUGAUGUUACCAAGGCAACAAUGAACGUGUACAGCGUAAAACCAGCUGUCUUUGAUCUCUUUCUUACAAUCGCCAUCGUCAUCUACUUGGGGAUGGUUUACGUUAUCGUACACAAUUUCCCACACGCAUACUCCCUAGCAACUCGUCUUUCCGUCAAGAACAAAGCGUCAUGAAACAUUUAUAGAAAUUAUAAUUUGUUUAUUGUAAAGAAAAACUCAAUACAAAUUUUUUAAAGAAUAUUAAUAUAUAACGAGCAUCAUAGGUGUAUAUUGGAGAUCAGACAAAAUCGUGUGUACAUUGAUUUAGCUCAUAUUAACCCUGAAUUAAAAACUAUUCUACAUUUUAUUUAAAUUCUUAAUCAUAGACAGUUAUAAGUAAUAUAUAUUUCUAAACUGAAAUUAAUAUGUUCAUCCUCCUACUUCUUCUUCCAAUUAAUAAUUGUGAUUAAUGAUAGCAAAAAUGUUUAAAAUCAUAAAAGUAUGUGCUAUCCGCAUUCUGUUAAUGGAUUAUUUGUCGCUUCAGAAUAAAUUAAUCUGUAAGAGUUCGUGAUAAUUAAGACCAAGCAUAACAGACCAAAUAGUGAGAUUUCAGAAUGCAAUUUAUGACGAAAAAGACUGGCAGAUUUAAGCAUAAAUAAAUACAAAAUAUUAAAUAUGACAAUGUAUCUAGUAAUAAAAAUAAUACUAAUUCCAAAUUUUGUAUAGAAUAAUAGAACUUGUAUAGAGUAAUUGAUGCAUUUAAUAUUUCUGCUGACCAGUUAUCACUAUGUCAAUGUACGAUAUUUAUAUUAUGUAAUUCACAAUAAUAGUAAAAUCUGAUCAAUAAAAUUCAGAAAUAAUGUUAAAUAACAAUAAAUAAAUAGUGUUUAAAAAAAGUAUUAAUCAAGUUGCAACGAAAAUGCUUCUAUAAAAUUCUAGAGGCUAACAUAGAAAACAGAAUCCUUGAAUGAUGUAUCGCUAUAAAUAUUAAUUAAUUGUUAUCGUGUUUGAAAUAAAAUUAUAAGGAGGAACCAUAAGAUGACUGUAAAAUAAAUGUCACAUAAGACUAACAAUU